ACGGCGCACUCGUUGUUCGACAGCGACUCUCAACGGGGUGCCCUUCUCGCACAGGCCUCUGCAAGACACUCGCGCGCGUGCUUCCUCGACGGCACAGUACAAUUAUGUGGCUCCUGGCGGUGUCGGGCGUUCUGGUCGCAUUACUGACUCAAAGAUGUGUGGAAUGUGGCAGCUGUAAGGAGGCGAAAUUGUGUUGUCCGGGUCGGGACUCCUCUUGCGUUGUCCAAAAGGCGCCGAUAAACGCGAUCAUCGAGGACCUCAGCGACAAGCCCUGCUACUGCGACCAUGCAUGCCUGAAGCUCGGCGACUGCUGCGACGACUUCAAGCAGGCCUGUGGAGUGGUGGACUGUCAAGUGACGCCUUGGGGCGCCUGGUCGACGUGCGACACCGAUUGCGGUCCUGGGAUGAUGUCGCGAUCGCGUUCCGUACAAAUUCAGCCGCAAAAUGGCGGACGACACUGUCCGAGCUUGCAGCAGAGGAGAGGAUGUCACGUGUCGGACUGUCACCACCAUCAGGACGCGGCCAUACGGGAGAUUGCGAUGUUGCUACCUGGUUCCCUUUCGCACAUAAGGAGGGCGAACGACACGAGCGAUAUCAGGCGAAAUUUGCGACUGAAGGAUCCGAGCGAGCAUCCCGAGCACGAUCCAGAAAGAGAGUACUGCGUGGAAUUCGAGGUAUUAAAGGCGUCGAAGGCGUGCAGGAAGGAGCCGAGCUUCAAAAGUUUACGGGAAGGAGAGCGAGUGUGUGUGAAAUGCGAGUCGGAGGCUUUGCGUAAGAACUUGGGCUGGCGUUGUCAGGGUCACGGCGUCGAGGGCAAGACGACGCGUUGGACGGCACUAUCGGCACCCCACUGCCACGGCAAGUGGUUGCGGGCCCAGGAGGCGAGCAAGGACUGUUCGCCCAAGACCUGUCAAGACGAGAGCGCCUUCAUUUUCGUUUAGGGACCCGAUUUUUUUAUACAUGCUUUGACAAUUUUCGAAAAUGCGUGAUUACUUAACAACUUAACACCCUCUACUAAUGUAUAUGUGUAGAACUUCCAAUUUAGGAUUAUAGGAGCGUACCCUGUGUUACCCCGAUUUCUUUUACAUAUAGAAUUUUACCGAAUUAGGGGGUAGUAUUUUUUACUAACAUCUUUUAAGAUAAUAAAAGAACCAUGUAAAUAUGACUGUGUUUAACCAAUUAAUGUAUUUUAAAGAAAACAUAUCAUGUGUUGAUUUCAGUGGAAAUAAAUUCUUAUACAAAA